GGAGCGCCCCUCCCCGUCUGGGCCGCGGUCGGUGCCGGGCAGGCAGAGGGUCGGCGCCGCCAUCGCCAUGGGCACCCGCGACGACGAGUACGACUAUCUGUUCAAAGUUGUGUUGAUUGGAGACUCUGGAGUUGGGAAAAGUAAUCUUCUGUCACGUUUCACACGCAAUGAGUUCAAUCUGGAAAGCAAGAGCACCAUUGGGGUGGAAUUUGCCACCAGGAGCAUCCAGGUGGAUGGGAAGACGAUAAAAGCCCAGAUCUGGGACACUGCGGGCCAGGAGCGAUACCGAGCCAUCACCUCAGCCUACUACCGCGGUGCUGUUGGGGCUCUGCUCGUCUAUGACAUCGCCAAACACCUCACCUACGAGAACGUGGAGCGCUGGCUGAAGGAGCUGCGGGACCACGCCGACAACAACAUCGUCAUCAUGCUGGUGGGCAACAAGAGCGACCUGCGCCACCUGCGGGCCGUGCCCACCGACGAGGCCCGGGCCUUCGCAGAAAAAAAUAACUUAUCUUUUAUUGAAACAUCUGCCCUGGACUCUACAAAUGUAGAAGAAGCCUUCAAGAACAUCCUUACAGAGAUCUACCGCAUCGUGUCGCAGAAGCAAAUCGCCGACCGGUCUGCGCACGAUGAGUCUCCAGGCAACAACGUGGUGGAUAUCAGCGUCCCGCCAACCACUGACGGACAGAAAUCCAACAAACUCCAGUGCUGUCAGAACCUGUGACCUUCUCUAGAUGACUCUUGUGCCCUCCACUUUGUCUGUGCUUCAUUUAGAAACUUGUGUGCACUUCCUAUCUCCUGUGAUUCAGUGACUCCCUCCUCCCUCCUUUAUUCCAUUCCCAAGUCUCCCCUCUCAUAUUAGAGCUUUAAUUGUAGGGCUAACAUCCUCCUGCCUCUGAAACCCCUUCCAUGUGGUGACUUCUGGGCUUGAAAUGUAGUCACUGAUCUGAUAGACAUGUUUGUGUUGGAAAAUCUGCUGCUGGAUAUUAUCCCAUGAAACACUCUUAUCAAAUAGGCUUGUUUUGGUUUUGCUAGGAUUUUUUCAGUUUGGUUUUGUUGUUGUUGUUAUUUUCUGGGAGGGGAACAAUGGGACUUGACUCUACCAGUUGAAGAAAUAACUAUAUUUAGGUGACAAGGUUUUUUCCUCCCAUAAUCAGAUAUCUCUUUUUCUUGUGUUUCUGUAAACAUGGGGGAGAAAUUAAACUAGCUAUCCUGCCAAAUGCUCUGUUUUCUGUCCUGAUGAAGUCUCACAGUGAGGAUUUUAGUGGCUGCACACACAUAAGAAAGCUGUUGAAAAUAACAUUACUUAUUCUGUAAUUACCCCUAAUACAGUUAGUCUGGCUGUGUAGUUUACUGUUUCCUGCUUGGGAAAUCUUUCUCUCUUCUUGUUUAUUUGGGAACAAUGAAAUAUGUCUGCAUUGCUUUCUCUGCCACCAUGAAUGCCUGUGCAGGCUUUAUGAAGUGGCGUAAUAUUUAUUCAUGGCUUAUGUUAAUCAGUUAACAUUAUUGUACAGUAAGUGCCAGCACAUUGAUUUCAGAAACCUUUUGCAGCCUGUACAAGUAGGCUUCUUUUUGUACUGUAGGUCAGUGUCUGAAAGCAGGAUCUGCGCUAGUUCCAGGGGUUUUUUUUUGCAUGCUGCUUUUUCUCUAGAUCUCUCCUGCCCCUGUCUGAGUGAGUGAGGCAAUAUUUUCAUGUCACAUAUAUACCUGCACUUGUAAGGGUUUUGGUUGUUGUAGAGAAACACAAUACUUUAUACAUUUUGUAAAACUUCUGCAGAUCCAUAGUAUCUGGAACUUUCUCUUCAUGAUCUUUCACUAUUGACCUCUACUAAAAUGCAUAAUAUUAGGAUUUCACAUAAUAACUACUAAUCUGUUGUUUUCUUCUUACCGUUUUACUGAACUGCAGACUGUAACUCUUAAAUGAUUGUACUUCACUGAUGUAACAGAUUUGUCAUCGGCAGGGCUAACUACUGUAAUUCUUCAUUGUGCUGAAUGGGAAGAAUGUUACCACAACUUUGUGUAGUCAGUCUCUUGCUUGCUUGUGCAAAUCUCUGAUGGCUUUUCAUCACUCACUAGCUCUUGCACACCUGUAUCCCCUCUGGUAUCCGCUGAAUGUUCUGAUGGCAAAUACUGGGUGAAAUGGUCUAAAGGAAGAGCUGGAAAGCACCUGCUGCUCCCUGAAGGCUUGUGGCACCAUUUGCAGUGAGUUUUUGCUCUGUAUUCUGAGCCUGUACCUCACUGGAUGAAUCCCAGCUGCAUAUUAGUGAGUUGAUUUUUCUUUACUGAUACAAAGCAAAUAUGAAACUGUGAAUUGUGCUUGAAGAGGAAAUCUGACAUUCCAGUCUCAACUGUUCUGUCUGGUUACGUAAUAAAAUUAAGGGCAGUUAACGCUGA